GCCCUUGGAUCCAUUACAAGCCCGGCCCGUUAAAACCCAAAGCGCGCUUUGAUCUCAUUCGAUCUCUUUCUAUCCCUCUCGCUCGGAGUUCUCCGCCAUCACCCACAGAUCGAAACCCUCUCCCCGUCGCUCGCCGGCCAUUCUCCGCUCUCCGAUCAUCUCCAGCUCCACCUCCCAAUCUCCACAACCAUCAACGAAGGGGCCGGCGGUGAUCUCUCUCAACCUCUUCCACAAUCCCCGUUCUAGGGUUUCAUUGCAACCCGAUGUCGAACACCUCAUCUGCAACACCAUCCAUGGCGGCGGUGGGAGCGAUUUCUGAAGAUCUAUACCCUAGCCAAGAUGACCUCUUGUACGAGGAGGAGAUCCUUCGGAACCCCUUCAGCUUGAAGCUAUGGUGGCGAUACUUGGUGGCGCGCGCUGACGCGCCGUUCAAGAAGCGGUCGGUGAUCUACGAGCGCGCCCUCAAGGCCCUCCCCGGGAGCUACAAGCUCUGGCACGCUUACCUCCGGGAGCGGCUCGACCAGGUUCGUCCUCUCCCAAUCUCUCAUCCUCUGUACGAUUCCCUGAACAACACCUUCGAGCGCGCCCUUGUCACUAUGCACAAGAUGCCCCGCAUUUGGACCAUGUACCUCACGUCUCUCUCCGAGCAGCGCCUCCUCACCCGAGCUCGCCGUGCGCAUGAUCGCGCUCUCUGCGCGCUGCCAGUUACCCAGCACGAUCGUAUCUGGUCCUCCUACCUCGCUCUCGUCUCUCGUCCUGGCGUCCCUGUCGAAACUUCUCUUCGCGUCUACCGGCGGUACCUCCUAUUUGAUCCAUCCCACAUAGAGGAUUUUAUCGACUUCCUUCUCUCCUCCGAACUAUGGCAAGAGGCCGCCGACCGCCUUGCCUCUGUCCUCAACGACGACUCCUUCCACUCCAUCAAGGGCAAGACUAAGCACCAACUCUGGCUGGAGCUCUGCGACCUCCUUACCCACCACGCCAAAGAGAUCUCCGGCAUCAAUGUCGAUGGCAUCAUACGUGGCGGCAUUCGCAAGUACACCAACGAGAUUGGCCGUCUCUGGACCUCCCUUGCUGACUACUAUGUCCGCAGGGGUCUCUUUGAGAAGGCCCGCGACAUCUUUGAAGAAGGCCUUGCCACUGUCGUCUCUGCCCGAGACUUUGGAGUCAUCUUUGACUCCUACACACAGUUUGAGGAGAGCACUCUCAGGGCUAAGAUGGAGACUAUGAGCUUGAAGGGGGAUGACGAUAAGGUUUCGGACAAACUGGUCCGUGAUUACUGGUUGAAUGACGAUGAUGAUACAGAUCUGAGGUUGGCUCGGCUUGAUCACCUUCUCGCUAGGUAUCCUGAGCUGAAGAACAGUGUUCACUUGAGGCAGAACCCUCACAACGUAGAAAACUGGCGCAAGCGUGUGCAGAUAUACAUGGGCAACCCAAUAAAGCAGAUAAUGACUUACACUGAGGCAGUGAGGACAGUGGACCCUAUGAAGGCAGUUGGGAAGCCUCACACCCUGUGGGUUGAUUUUGCAAAGUUAUAUGAAGUCCAUAAUGAUCUUGCGAAUGCCAGAGUGAUCUUUGACAAGGCUACACAGGUUAACUACAAGAAGGUUGAUAACCUUGCCAGUGUUUGGUGUGAAUGGGCUGAAAUGGAAUUGAGGCACCAGAAUCUUAAGGGUGCGCUUCAGUUGAUGCGACGUGCAACUGCAGAGCCUUCGGUUGAGGUCAAAAGGAGAGUUGCUGCAGAUGGAAAUGAACCAGUGCAGAUGAAGUUGCACAAAUCAUUAAGGUUGUGGAGCUUUUAUGUGGAUUUAGAGGAAAGCCUUGGGACAUUAGAAUCUGCCCGUGCUGUUUAUGAGAGAAUACUUGAUUUGAGAAUAGCCACCCCGCAGAUUAUACUAAACUAUGCUGAGUUACUGGAGGAAAAAAAAUAUUUUGAGGAUGCAUUCAAAGUUUAUGAAAGAGGUGUGAAGAUAUUUAAAUAUCCCCAUGUAAAAGAUAUUUGGACCACUUAUCUUAAGAAGUUUGUGGAAAGAUAUAAAGCAACAAAGUUGGAACGUGCGAGAGAGCUGUUUGAGCAUGCCAUUGAAAAGACACCUCCAGAAGAUGUGAAACCCCUAUAUCUGCAAUAUGCAAAGUUGGAGGAACAACACGGGCUGGCAAAACGAGCCAUGCAAGUUUAUAACCAAGCAGUGAAGGCUGUUCCUGCAAAGGAAAAACUAGAAAUGUAUGAAAUUUAUAUAGCUCGGGCUUCUGAAAUUUUUGGUGUUCCAAAGACGAGAGAAAUUUAUGAGCAAGCAAUUGAAUCUGGUCUCCCGGAUGAUGAUGCAAAAGCAAUGGCCAUGAAGUACGCCGAACUCGAAAGGAGCCUGGGCGAGAUAGACCGUGCUCGUGCUAUAUACGUGUUUGCAUCACAAUUAGCAGAUCCACGAUCUGAUCCCAUUUUCUGGAAGAAGUGGAAAGAUUUCGAAGUUCAACAUGGUAAUGAGGAUACCUUCAGGGAGAUGCUUCGCAUGAGCCGUAGUGUCUCGGCUAGCUACAGUCAGACACACUUCAUUCUCCCGGAGAACUUGAUGCAAAAGGACCAGAAGCUAAACCUAGAGACUGCAGUUGACACUCUAAAGAGAGCAGGGGUUCCUGAAGAUGAAAUGGCUGCAUUAGAAAGGCAGUUAGCUCCGUCUUCCACUGCAAAUGCUAAUGAUGGUGCCAGAAAGGUAAACUUUGUAAGUGCAGGAGCAGACUCACAGCCAGGGGUUAUUCGUACACCUGAUGGUGGAAGGAAGGUGACUGCAAAUAAUGAGGAUAUUGAGCUUCCUGAAGAAAGUGAUUCUGAUGAUGAGAAAGUUGAAAUUGCGCAAAAGGCUGUUCCGGCUGCUGUUUUCGGUGAGCUCGCACAUCAAGUUCAGAAAGAUAAAGAUGCAGAUUCUGCUGCCGAAAAUGGCGGAAACAGUAGUUUGGGUGCUCUUGAAAGAAUAAAGAGGCAAAGGAGGCAGUAGUCUCACAUUGCAUGAUUAGUUCGAACUGAGAAUAUUAGCAUCCGAGCUGUACUGGUCGAAUUACCGGUGGAAGAGAACUUGUACAUAUUUUGCUUCUUAGUGCUGCAGUCGACUAUUCUUGGUCUAUUUUGAACCACUGGUAUGUUAGAUUAAGAUAUAGUACUUUUGUUAGUUCUUAUAUAACAAUUUUCUCAUAUAAAUUAUGAGCUUUCUUA